AAAAAGGAGAAUACAUUCUUGACAGAAUAAAAACUCCACCCUUAGAAGAAACAGUAUUUAAAAUACAAAAAGCAUAUACUAGAAUAGAACAAAUAAUCAAAACAAUACAAUUAUUAGAAAUACCUUUAUUAGAAGAAAAAGAAGGACUCACUCUACAAAACGCUUUUAAAAAUACAAAAUAUAUUAACUUAUUUCUUUUCAUAAAAAAAAUACGAGAAUUAGAGUUAAUACAAAAAGGACUGCAACAAUACUUAUUUGAUAACAGAUUUACAUCUGACGACAGUGAUAAUUAUUUAGCCCAAGAUGCAAAAAGAAGAGCUAAUUAUAUCAAAGCAAGAUUAAAUAAAUACCAGAGGACUGGAAAAACAAUAAAUCCUGUAUAUGGAAUAGACUAUAUAUUAGAUGAAUACUGA